AUGAGAGUCUUGGAGCAAAGGAAACACAUCAACAGAGUGAGAACAACACAAGUGAACAGGAGGAAAAACAGCGCUAAAGAAGGAAGACUGGAAAGGACCAAGGAAGGAAGACAGAAGCAAAGCGAGAGGGACGGACAAGAAAGGAUGGAAAAGAGAAGGAAAAUGAAAGAGAGAGAAAAAAAGGAGCAGGAAGAAAGAGAAAGACUUGAAGGAGAUGAAGUUGUAAGACAGGAGAAAAGUGAAAAGAGGAGGAGAAGAAGAGAGGAAAAAGAAAGACAAGAACGAGAAGAAAGAGAGAGACAGGAACGAGAAGAAAGAGAAAGACAGGAGCAGGAAGAAAGAGAAAGACUUGAAGGAGAUGAAGUUGUAAGACAGGAGAGGACUGAAAAGAGGAGGAGAAGGAGAGAGGAAAAAGAGAGACAAGAACGAGAAGAAAGAGAGAGACAGGAACGAGAAGAAAGAGAAAGACAGGAGCAGGAGGAGAAACAAAGACAGGAGCAGGAGAAACAAAGGCAGGAGAGGACUGAGAGGAGAAGGAGGAGGAGGGAGGAAAGAGAGAGACAACAAGAAGAAAGAGAGAGACAAGAACAAGAAGAAAGAGAGAGACAGGAACGAGAAGAAAGAGAGAGACAGGAGGAGAGAGAAAGACUUGAAGGAGACAAAGAUGUAAGACAGGAGAGGACUGAAAAGAGGAGGAGAAGGAGAGAGGAAAAAGAGAGACAAGAACAAGAAGAAAGAGAGAGACAGGAGCAGGAGAGAGAACAACAGGAGCAGGAGGAGAAACAAAGGCAGGAGAGGACUGAGAGGAGAAGGAGGAGAAGGGAGGAAAGAGAGAGACAGGAACGAGAAGAAAGAGAAAGACAGGAGGAGAAACAAAGACAGGAACAGGAGGAGAGAGAAAGACAAGAGCAGGAGGAGAAACAAAGACAGGAGAGGACUGAGAGGAGAAGGAGGAGGAGGGAGGAAAGAGAGAGACAGGAACGAGAAGAAAGAGAGAGACAAGAACAAGAAGAAAGAGAGAGACAGGAACGAGAAGAAAGAGAGAGACAGGAGGAGAGAGAAAGACUUGAAGGAGACAAAGAUGUAAGACAGGAGAGGACUGAAAAGAGGAGGAGAAGGAGAGAGGAAAAAGAGAGACAAGAACAAGAAGAAAGAGAGAGACAGGAGCAGGAGAGAGAACAACAGGAGCAGGAGGAGAAACAAAGGCAGGAGAGGACUGAGAGGAGAAGGAGGAGAAGGGAGGAAAGAGAGAGACAGGAACGAGAAGAAAGAGAAAGACAGGAGGAGAAACAAAGACAGGAACAGGAGGAGAGAGAAAGACAAGAGCAGGAGGAGAAACAAAGACAGGAGAGGACUGAGAGGAGAAGGAGGAGGAGGGAGGAAAGAGAGAGACAGGAACGAGAAGAAAGAGAGAGACAGGAGGAGAAACAAAGACAGGAACAGGAGGAGAGAGAGCAACAAGAGCAGGAGGAGAAACAAAGACAGGAGAGGACUGAGAGGAGAAGGAGGAGGAGGGAGGAAAGAGAGAGACAGGAACGAGAAGAAAGAGAGAGACAGGAGGAGAGAGAACAACAGGAGCAGGAGGAGAGAGAACAACAAGAGCAGGAGGAGAAACAAAGACAGGAGAGGACUGAGAGGAGAAGGAGGAGGAGGGAGGAAAGAGAGAGACAUGAACAAGAAGAAAUAGAGAGACAGGAGGAGGAGGAGAGAGAAAGACAGGAACAGGAGGAGAGAGAACGACAGGAGAGGACUGAGAGGAGAAGGAGGAGGAGGGAGGAAAGAGAGAGACAGGAACGAGAAGAAAGAGAAAGACUGGAGCAGGAGGAGAGAGAAAGACAGGAGCAGGAGGAGAGAGAACGAUGGGAGAGGACUGAGAGGAGAAGGAGGAGGAGGGAAAGAGAGAGACAGGAACGGGAAGAAAGAGAAAGACUGGAGCAGGAGGAGAGAGAACGACAGGUGCAGGAGGAGAAACAAAGACAGGAGCAGGAGGAGAGAGAACAACAAGAGCAGGAGGAGAAACAAAGACAGGAGAGGACUGAGAGGAGAAGGAGGAGGAGGGAGGAAAGAGAGAGACAGGAACGAGAAGAAAGAGAAAGACUGGAGCAGGAGGAGAGAGAACGACAGGUGCAGGAGGAGAAACAAAGACAGGAGCAGGAGGAGAGAGAACGACGGGAGAGGACUGAGAGGAGAAGGAGGAGGAGGGAAAGAGAGAGACAGGAACGAGAAGAAAGAGAAAGACUGGAGCAGGAGGAGAGAGAACGACAGGUGCAGGAGGAGAAACAAAGACAGGAGAGGACUGAGAGGAGAAGGAGGAGGGAAGAAAAAGAGAAAUGGGAGCGGGAGGAGAAAGAGAGGCGGAGGAAGGAGAAGAGUGGUGGAGAAAAACAGGAGACGACAGGAAGAAGUAAAUCUGAGUGGACCUUUGUCUCAAACCUGAAAAUGUGGCACCUUGAACACAAGAAAGAGAAAAUCGUCAAGGCCCUUAUCAGGACCUGUGAUAAGGAGGAGUCCAUUGAGGCUGGUGACGAUACUCCUGAAAUGAAGGACAUUCGAGUGUGGAGGCAAAUGGCAAAGAAGAGGAAGCUGCUGAAGAAAAGGCAGACAAUAGAGGACAGAAUAAAACGCAAGAAGGAGAAGCAGAGACAAAGACAAAAGUGGACAAAGAAAGAGAGAGAAAGAAGGGAUGGGAAAGGAGCACGUAAGUGGAAGAAGAAAGGAGAGGAGGAAGACACAGAAAGUGAGGAGAGUGAAAGAGAAGAGGACACAGAAAGAUCUGGAUCUGUUCCAAAGAAAAGCCUCAUGUCAAACCUGAAAACGUGGUACCUGAAACAACAGAAGGAGAAAAUCGUCAAGGCCAUUAGCAAGACCCGUGACAAGGAGGUGGCCAUUGAUGUUGGUGAUGAUACUCAUGAGAUGAAAGAGAUAAGAGUAUGGAGACAACAGGCCAAGAGGAAGAUGCUGCUGAAGAAACAGCAAGAACUGGAGGAAAAAAUACAACACAGGUUUACAUGUCAUCACAAACAGAAGAGCAAAGAGUGUGGAUGGAAACAAUAAUGUAUCUUAGGCAGCACAAUUUAAUAUAUUUAUUUUUAUAAUUUAAUUUGAUAUAAUUUAAUACUAGAUUAACUUAAUCAAAUGUAAAUAGAAAUUAUAUUUUUAUAAUCUAAUUUAACUUU